AACUGACUUCGGGUUCUCUAAAUUCCCUAAACAAAUAUUAGGACCUGAUACCUCUCCCUAACCUAGACCAUGGAUCUCCGUUUCUUGGCCUUGGCUUCGUUAACCAUUCACUUCGUUCUAUUCUUCGUCAAUACAUAUAACGCAGCUGGACAAGUCGGCGUUUGCUACGGGAGAUACGGCAACAACCUCCCGUCACCGGCAGAAACCGUUGAGCUAUUCAAACAGAAAAACAUCCGGCGAGUAAGGCUAUACAGUCCGGACCACGACGUUCUAACCGCCCUACGUGGCUCCGGCAUCGAGGUAAUGUUGGGCCUUCCCAACCCGGACCUACAACGCGUGGCCUCAAGCCAAUUAGAAGCUAACACGUGGGUCCAAACCAACGUCAUGAGCUACGUGAAUGACACCAAGUUCCGUUACAUAUCUGUUGGGAACGAAGUUAAGAUCUCCGACUCGUACUCACAUAUUUUAGUCCCGGCCAUGGAAAACAUCGACCAUGCUCUUUUAGUAGCCGGACUCGGUGGUCGUAUCAAGGUAUCCACGGCGGUGGACAUGGGAGUGCUCGGAGAGUCUUACCCACCUUCGAAAGGUUCGUUUAAAAGAGAAGUUAAGGUGCUAAUGGAACCAAUCAUACGUUUCUUGGUAAACAAGAAAUCUCCUUUACACUUAAACCUCUACACUUACUUCAGUUACGCGGGAGAUAAAGACCGAAUCCGGCUCGAUUACGCUCUCUUCACGGCUUCUCCAGGGACCGUAUCGGACCCUCCUAGAUCUUACCAAAACCUAUUCGAUGCGAUGCUCGAUGCAGUGCACUCGGCUCUAGAGAGAUCCGGUGGUGAAUCAUUGGACGUAGUUGUGUCAGAGACUGGAUGGCCAACGGAAGGAGGAGUCGAGACAAAUAUAGAGAAUGCGAGAGUUUAUAACAAUAAGUUGAUUAAUCAUGUGAAGAACGGGACGCCGAAGAGACCAGGGAAAGAAAUCGAGACUUAUAUAUUUGCGAUGUAUGACGAGAAUGUAAAGCCGACCCCUCCUGAUGUUGAAAAGUUUUGGGGAUUGUUUCAUCCCAAUAAGCAGUCUAAGUACGAUGUUCACUUUGGUUAAGUUGAACCAAUGUUCUAUAUAUCGAGGAAAGGUAUACUUUUAUAUAGUAUAGAUUAGAAAUCGGUAUAUCAUUAUAAAAUAAAUAAAGUUGGGAGAUUCUUAAGUCUUAA